AUGGACCUUUCAUUAUCAGCAGAUGAUAAUAUUGAUGAAAAACAGAGAGCAGCUGUUUUCUUAGGAUUACAGGAAAUGAUACAAAAACAGAAAGAGAAUGUGAAAGUUAUGGAUUUAUGUUUUAAUAAAUGCGUAACUAAAAUUGGACAUAAAUUAAGCACAAAUGAACAAAAAUGUAUUUGGGAUUGUGCUAACAGUUAUUUUUAUACAAAUGUUUUCUUAAACCAGCGCCUUCAGCAAAUGACAAAACUUUUAAAAUCAAAUAGUGAUAACAUGAACUUAUAA